GCGCUCACCGACUCGACACCGCCGACAGGGAUGCAGCGAGGGCGCAGCGCAGCCUGAAAAAUGGCACCACCACCACGCGUCCUGUGGAUCUAUCCAGCCGCUCUCCUCCUGUACUCCCUGCUCCUCUUUCUGUCGCCGUGCCGAGCCUUACGGAAUUACCCGGAGAAUGAAGUUACGUUGCUGGACUCCAUGUCAGCUCUGGCCGACCUGGGCUGGGAGGCUUACCCUAAUGAGGGGUGGGAGGAGAUCAGCGUGAUGGACGAGAGGAACACCCCGAUGAGGACGUAUCAGGUGUGUAACGUCAUGGAGGCCAACCAGAACAACUGGCUGAGGACGCGCCACAUCAGCCGGGAAGGAGCGCAGCGGGUCUACAUCGAGAUCAAGUUCACCCUGAGGGACUGUAAUAGCCUGCCCGGGGUCCCCGGUACCUGCAAAGAGACAUUCAACAUGUACUACUAUGAGUCCAACAAUGCCAACCUGUGGUUCAUCAAGGAAAGCCAGUAUGUCAAGAUUGAUACCAUUGCUGCAGAUGAGAGCUUUACACAGGUGGAUGUUGGUGACCGCGUCAUGAAGCUGAACACGGAGGUGCGCGACAUCAGCAACCUGAGCAAAAAGGGCUUUUACCUGGCCUUCCAGGACCUGGGCGCCUGCAUCGCUCUGGUCUCUGUCAGGGUCUUCUACAAGAAGUGUCCCCUCACUGUGCUCAACUUGGCCCAGUUCCCCGACACGAUAACGGGCGGAGACACGGCGCUGGUAGAGGUCCACGGUGCGUGCGUCAAUGCCUCUGAGGAGUUCGAGGCUCCCAAGAUGUACUGCAGCGCCGACGGAGGCUGGCUGGUUCCCAUCGGGAGAUGUGUGUGCAAACCGGGCUUUGAGGAGAACAAGGACGUCUGCCAACCAUGCAGACCUGGCACCUACAAAGCAUCAGCCACGGACGCCUACUGCACCAAAUGCCCUCCUCACAGCUCGUCCCCGCAGGAACAAGCAGGGGAGUGUGUUUGUGAGAAAAGCUUCUACCGCGCUGAGACCGACCCACGCUCGAUGGCCUGCACACGUCCCCCGUCUGCUCCAGAGAACCCAAUCUCCACGGUGAACGAGACCUGCGUGACGCUGGAGUGGUCGCCGCCCAGAGAGACAGGAGGCCGAGGGGACAUCACCUACAGCCUGCACUGCAGGAAGUGCUCUGGCGAUGGCAAAAAGUGUGCUCCCUGUGGUAGCAGCGUCCAUUUUGUCCCCAGGCAGUUUGGUCUCUCCUCCGCCAUGGUGCUGGUCACUGACCUGCAGCCGGACUCCAACUACAGCUUCACUGUUGAGAGCCAGAAUGGAGUGUCAGAUUUAAGUCCAACUCCAAGAGGAAUAGUCGUCAUCAAUGUCACCACGUCCCAAACAGUGAGCGUAGUGCUGAAGGAGAGGCGGAGCAAGGACAGCGUGACUUUGGCCUGGCAGGGGCCAGAGAGGCCCAACGGAGCAAUAGUGGAGUAUGAGGUCAUCUAUUACGAGAAGAAUCAGCGGGAGCAGAACUAUACGGUUUUGAAGACUCGCUCCAACAUGAUGACAGUGGACGGCCUGAAGCCAGGCACCACCUACGUGUUCAGGGUCAGGGCUCGAACCGACGGAGGCUACGGGAGCUACGGUGGAGAGAUCGAAUUGGAAACCAGCCACGAAGAUGUGUUGGCUAUCGGGGACCCCAACCAGUCCACCAUUCUGGCUGUGUCCAUCGCUGGAGGAAUCAUCCUCCUCAUCUUCCUGGUGACCUGCUUCAUUGUCAGCGGCAGGCACUGUGGAUAUAUCAAAGCCAAGCAGGACCCCGAUGAGGAGAAGAUGCAGUUCCAGCACGGCCGAGUUAAGCUUCCAGGCAGCAGGACCUACAUCCAUCCUCACACCUACGAAGACCCCAACCAGGCUGUAAGAGACUUUGCCAAAGAGAUCGAUGCCUCCAAUAUCCGCAUAGAGAGAGUCAUUGGAGCUGGAGAGUUUGGGGAGGUGUGCAGUGGUCGGCUGCGUGUGCAGGGAAAGAGGGAGAUCUACGUGGCCAUCAAGAGUCUGAAGGCGGGAUACUCUGACAAACAGAGGAAGGACUUCCUGUCCGAGGCCUCCAUCAUGGGACAGUUUGACCAUCCGAACAUCAUCAGGCUGGAGGGCGUCGUGACGAGAUGUAAACCAGUGAUGAUCAUAACAGAGUUCAUGGAAAACGGAUCCCUGGACACUUUCCUCAAGAAACAUGACGGCCAGUUCACGGUGAUCCAGCUGGUCGGCAUGCUGCGCGGUAUCGCCUCCGGUAUGAAGUACCUGUCAGACAUGAGCUACGUUCACAGAGACCUGGCAGCUCGGAACAUCCUGGUCAACAGCAACCUGGUGUGUAAGGUGUCGGACUUUGGCCUCAGUCGGGUUCUGGAGGACGACCCAGAAGCUGCCUACACUACAAGGGGAGGGAAGAUCCCCAUCAGAUGGACGGCUCCGGAGGCAAUAGCAUACAGGAAGUUCACCUCGGCCAGCGAUGUGUGGAGUUACGGUAUCGUCAUGUGGGAGGUGAUCUCAUAUGGAGAGAGACCCUACUGGGAGAUGUCCAACCAGGAUGUUAUCAAAGCAAUAGAUGAGGGCUACCGUCUUCCCGCUCCAAUGGAUUGUCCUGUGGUGCUGCACCAGCUCAUGUUGGACUGCUGGGAGAAGGGACGGAGCGACAGGCCAAAGUUUGGACAGAUUGUCACAAUCCUCGACAAGCUCAUCAGAAACCCUGCCAGCCUCAGGGAGCUGGCCAACAGCUCAGAAUGCAGGGAGGACCUGUCCACCCCAGAGUUCAGCGUAAACACAGUGGAUGAGUGGUUAGAGGCCAUCAAGAUGGGCCAGUAUAAGGAGAACUUUUCCAGUGCUGGAUACGUCAGCUUGGACUCAAUCCUCUACAUCAGUGUCAGUGAAUUGGCUAAGAUGGGCGUGACUCUGGCUGGCCACCAGAAGAAGAUAUUAUCCACUGUCCAGAGUCUGCAGACCCAGGGGCCGCACGUCCAAGUAUAACAGUGUCCACAUAAACACAAUGGACAGAGCCAAAAUGGAUGCUCCUGUGAUGAGUUUCACGCCCCCCGAAAUGGAGUUGCACAGGAUACUCUGUGUUUGGGCCUCCAUUGAUUUUGAGACACACCGAGAUGGAGACAACAUGGACGCUUGACUCCAUCACCUUCUCGCAGUUUUCACCAUUCUUCCCAUCCUCGAUGGGCACUACCAGCUUUAGCACUCAAGAGUCCCAGCAACACAGCCACCAUUACGGAGCAACUGAGAGACACGACAACAUGUAGAGCAUCCCAGAUCAUUUCACAUCAUAACAGCUCAAGAAAAGUUACAAAAAAAAGAUUUUUAACAAAAGAAAUGACAAAAACAACUUAGAAUAUAAUUAUCACUGUCUGUGAGGUGUACAGUUGGUUUUUACUGUCAUUUUGUUUGUUUUGAGUUUUCACCAUGAAGAGUUUAAACUGGGUCAGAAGAUAUGUAUAUGUGUAGAUAUAUGUUUAUAUGGGCUGUGUGUCCCACAACCGUAGAGAUGGACCUAAAGUUUGUAAUGGUGGUGAGGUUUAUAUCACUCAACCUUAAUAGGAGAUAUUACCUGGUUUAUGUAUGGCCCCUUCCGAUGCUCUCUGUACAUAGAACGCCAGUGAACGAACCGAGAUUCUGAAUGGCAUGAAUGUGUGAGGGGGUGAGGGGGACGAAAAAAGGACCUUUAGAGAUAGAGAGAGAUGUCUAUUCUGCUAGUUCAUGUAGGAUGGAAGUAUUAAAGUAUUUGACCAGGACAAGGGCUUCCCUGCCGACUGCUCUCAGACUCACUUCCAUAGCAACUAGACCCAGAGCACGUUUGCUUGUCUGCUUGCACCUAUGAUGUAACUCAGUGCAAAGUCAGAGCAGGAACUGCUUAAGGUGAAGAUAGCACAGAGAACAUUUUUCCCCACUCUUCCAUAACUGUCUAUUCCAAACAACAUUGUCUGUUCAGUCAGCACAGUAUGAUGUUGCUCGGGAUAUUUCAGCCUAAGAGUCUGCCUUCCCAUGUUUCAGGUGUGUGAUGAAAUAUAUGGUGUUUUGUGGAGAGCAAAGGUGACACAAAGGUCAUGAUAGAGUUGACACUGUUAAAGAAGUGUAACUUGUUUUUCCAGUGUUGUGCCAUGUACAGUAAAUUAACAUUGAGAUGUCCAUCUGGGCAACAUACCAACAUUCUCCCUAUUCUCUUUCCUUUACAACAGCUCCAAUGGCUCGAUGGUUGCACCAAUCACAAGACCAAUCACAAUUUACAGUAUUUUGUCCCAAGUAGUUUUACAUAUAAAAAAGACCGCUGAAACCUUUUAAGCAAGAUGGAAUAUAUGCGGUGAUAAUUUUCAGCAGAGCAACCAUACAAAAAUUGUGAUUUGUGUGUCUUGUAUCAUCUCAAAUUCUUGUUAUAAGUCAGGUCAACCUAUUUAAAGCAUCCCUUGUUUGAAACCAACACCCUUAAGUCAAUUUUACAAAUCACAAUGUUUACAGCAAAAAAAGGAAAUAAAUUGGUUUGAUGGUCUUUUCCUUGCAGAAGGAAGCAGCUACUUAUCACGUUAAUUACAAGGUUAGAUAUGAUGGGACCCGUUUUGUCUUCACUGCAUUAAUGGCACUGAACCUGCUUUGAGUGUAAUCCCAAACCCAUUUUUAAUAUAUGUGGUACUCUAUAGGACCAACGGUGACAUAAAAGUACAGUAUAUACGAUUGUAUUAUAGUGUAAAAUAUGUACAGUGUUGAUUUCCAAUGUUAGAAUGUUUGUAAUGAUAACGAUGAUGAUGAUGAACUAUGAUGAACUAUGAUGUACUUUUAUUGUGAAAAAGAGAUUUCUGAAGUACUUGUUCAGCGGCAGGUCGUACGGGAGAAGCGAAGGGAGGUUAUUUGUUGGUCUGAACAAAGGAAUGUAGCAUAGUGCGAAGCUUCAGCUUUGAUUGACAGGUGACAGUGACAGUCUAUUUCAUAGCGUUAGAAUGAGUAGAAUGUCCUCUUUUUAUUGAUACACUGGCAUACCCCCCCUCAAACCGUAAUAACAUGUACAUUUCCUUCACAUACAGCAUCAUGUUUGAAAAUGCUUGGUUGGGUGAGGAGGGAAGGGGCGGAGUGAGGUUGAAAUACGAUAAAUCCUCAGAAUUCAGCACAAAUUGAAUAUUCAUGAAACCCCCUCACCCAAAACAGUGAUUUGAUUAACUUUAGUUUAAGAACUGUACCCAACCUAGGCAUAGCAGACCUGUCAAGCUUUGCAUUACUUUACAAGCAGAAGUGGUGUGAAUGGAGUUGUGGUCAGAGUACAAGCAUUUUUAAAGACUUCAUUUUUAGCCUUUCCCAAAAUAUAUAGGAACAAAAUGUAACUAUGUUUUUCUUACAUAACCUACAAUUGUCGUCUGUUUGGCUAACCGGCUGACUAUCUACAGUAGCACCCAAGCAAUACUCUCAAGGUCAAGAAGCAGCGACCUUGUAGGUCUACGAUAGUUUAUGGGGUUAUUCAUUAUGUAAAAAACAAGAACGUAGCACCUCUACUAUGUUCUAUUUCUGUACUUGGUUGGAUCCAGUUCUGGAUGAGUGAGGGUUAGCAGGAGAGAAACCCAUUAUUAGAAUAAUUAAUUACACCAUACUUCAAGUACAAUGCAGUUUUUAUUUCCAUUUUCUCAUUUUGGAUUGUCAGUUGGUGAGGAUAUUAAGAUAUUUCAAGGACAUGCAGCUUUAGCCUCAAUCUUUUAGUAAAAUAUCCUGUACAAAACCAUCAAGUGCAUAUUUAAGUUGGAAAUAUGAAUGAAAGGAUAGCUGAUCUUAAGCAGUUAGAAUGUGCUAGCAACAGUCAUUUCAGUUGAAAAUGAGCUGUUCUCGUCUAUAAUUUGAUGGUAAAUCAGUCACCAUAAUCAGUGUUUAUUUCAUGUCGUGUGCAAGAAUGGAAAGCUUGACAGGCCAAGCAAAUGCAACUAAGGGCAGAGGCCUAUCAGGAGAAAGAAAAAUGGCCAAAACGUUCACCUCUACUAGAAUGGAAAAUGUGUUUGAAUAUAAAAUAUCAUACAGAUACAUUUACAGCUAAAAUCACCUAAUUCAAACAUCAAAAUCUUCCUGCCAAACCUCUUUGCUGCUUUGUAUCAUAAAUCCCAGACAAAUGUACAAUUCAGACUGAUAUUGUUCAUUCUACUCUUGCUAACUCUAUGAUACCACUCUAGCGGACUACCCUUGACCGCUGGCCUUUUAGAUGCCUUAUUUACUGAGCCAUUUUUCUUUCCUUUUGCCCUAUAGAGGUGAUAUUAAUAGUAAAGUGUAUGUCCAGGUAGUAUUUAUCUGUGUUCUUAAGACCUCACACCAACACCCUGGUUUUGUAACAUCCCAUAACCCCUCAUCGAGGCACCCUCCAACUGCACCUUCACUCUCUACGCAGAUGAAAUUCAUUUUGUACUGAACUAUAAUAAAUCUAAAAGCUGUUCACCAGUCAAGUUGAAAGAGAAAAUGGCAAUAUUGUCCUUAUUUAUUUAAGUAACAAUAUAAUCAGUGAUAAUUGUGAUUGGCUUGCAUUUCUUUCAUUCGCAUUCCUUUCAUUCGCUUAAUUGUGUUGAUGUACAAAAUUCCUCAUACAAAGUCAAGGUUAGAAAGAGAUAAAGUAUUGCCAAAACAAAAACAGUUAAUCAUGUUUUUUUUUUUUUUUCAAGCUUGUUCAACACUUUAGAAAAAUGAAGAAUACAAAAGUCAGACCCACACACUCAAAAUCCCAGGUUUGUGCCACUGUUCACCCUAUAAAUAUGUGGGUUGUUUUGCUUGAUCUGCAAGACGACAUCUGUCCUCCAUUUGCCCACCAGGCCUGUAGUGUCAAUGUUCAUGAGUGAUUCUCAUUUGGGACUUUCGGCUCUCUGUCUCUUUCUCUACUGCCCUCUCUCUUUCUUUGGCCACCGUACAGUGCUUACUUGUCUCCAUGCCGGUCUCCUCUGCGUUGCUUGUUGUAAAGGGUGUAGGCAUUCUAAUGUCUUUCAUGUCGCUGUAAU